AUGGGGCGUCCAGGCGGCUACAUGAAGCCUUGCAAGUUUUUUUUACGGGGAUCUUGCCGCAAUGGUCUCAACUGCCGCUUCUCACACGAAUCCAAUGGACAGCGCAGUAAUGGAGCUAGCGGUGGAUUUGGUUCACAAACGUCUCCUUUCGGAAACAAUGGCGUCACUUCAGUCUCUAAGACUCAAGAGACACGACGUGCAAUCGCCAUCGAGGAGCUUAAAUUACCUUCAAUAUGGCCACUUUCAGGAUUUGCAGUUGCCGAAGGCCUUCCAAGUAUUGUAACAGGUGAUAUCAGUCCAGAAGAAGCUCGAUGGGAAGCUUAUCAAGAGAUUAAAUCGUCGGGAAGCUGCAUACAGUCUACGCAGAAGCUGCAAGCACUUGCGGCAGAGCAACAAAACCAACGACGUCGAGUUGUAUCGCUGUUGGAGAACCAUCAGUCAGCACAGAAGCUAUUUGCUGGUCAAUCGCUGCUUGAAGUCUCUAAUUCUAAUGGACAAAUUGGCGUUUCGAAUCCAUUUGGAGGAGCUGUAGCAGCGAAUCCAUUUGGAACGACAUCAACGACUUCUCCUUUUGGAUCUACGGCUACUGCUAAUCCGUUUGGUGGAGGAAAUGUCUCGUUCAUGAAAUCGUUUGGUGCAGAUGAUACGACUAAGACUGCGACAAGCUCAUUAGGUGGUGGCUCCGGAAUCGGCAGUGCGACAACAGCCAACCCGUUUGCAGGAGGCGCUGCGACUGUAUUUGGAAAACCAGUCACACCGGCUACAAGUCCAUUCGGAGCACCGUCUACAGCUUCUUUUAGUGGGGUGGCUACAUCGUCGACAACGUUUGGGAGUAAAACGACGACGCCUUCAUCAUUUGGAAGUGGUACAAGUUUUUCUACUGCCUUUGGAUCUAGAACAGAAUCAGGAGAAAGAAAUUUAUCAGCCUCACCAUUCGGUUCUACUGCUGUUACAUCGGCAUCCUCACCAUUUGGGACAUCUGUAAGCUCUCCAUUUUCUUCGACGUCUGCUACAACUUUUGGCAGGUCUUCUGCAGAGUUUGGUACAGCCUCUACUCCAUUUGGUGCAUCCGCAUUAUUCGGCACGACCAAAUCUCAGUUUGGAGCACUUGCAGCACCAUCAAACAGCCCAUUCGGUACGCAGACGACUUCGACUAGCACUUUUAAUGAAUCUGGGGGAUUCCAGAAGUCUGCAACUGAAGAGCCUACAAGUAUACGCACGACUGUACCUUCUAGACCUGAGAUUACUGGACUAUCACCCGAUUUGCGCGAUGACGCAUGGAACGUGGAGCAGUUUCGGCAAGCAGAAUUCAAAUUAGGUAUGGUACCUACUGUUCCUCCUCCUUUGCAAUUUUGUUAA